AUGGAGGCCAUGUCUCACUCGCCCGUGUCGCCAUCGGUUUAUCAGUCGAUGAACCGAGGCGCCGUGCAGCCGCCCAUCGACUACCCCAGGAGGCCAUCCUACAAGGAAGAGGCGCCGCCACCAACGCGUGCCGAUCCCAUGUCGCUCUCCAGUAUAAUGUCCUCCGGAGCCGACAACGAGCCUCCGCCAAAGCCUCAGCCACUGCCGAACCUCGCCGCCGAACCUUACCAAACCUCAAAACCUCUGCACAAUUCUCACUUCGUGAAGCAAGAAGCAAUGGCGUCUCCGGCGCCCGCUGACCUUCCCCAUCAGGAAAAUGGCUAUGCCCCCCGCGUGUACGAUGCUAUGCCGCCGGUCGGCAGCCUCCAGGCCCCUUCACAGUCUGCGACUCGCGAGUUGCCUGCGCCAGACGAAGCAGAGAUCGAGGCUGCCCUCGCCCACAUUGAGACCAAGCAGAUGAGCGACAUUGACGAGUCGGCCACCCCGCACGAUCUUGAAGACUAUAAGCAAAGGAGCCAGAAGCGCGUCCUAGAAGUUGGAGCCGCCGAGGCGAACAAGCGCAAGAAGCGGCGGACUGCUUUCCUUACACGUUACCAGGACGUGUCCGCUGCCAACCGCGACUACGCGAAGCACUCAUACAACGUCGAGCACGAGGGCGAUGCAUGGCAGCAGGUCCAGAGCCAGGAAAUUGCCGAAGAGAAGGAGCGCAAGAAGGACAUGCAGCGCAAGCGAAGGCGUGAAAAGACUAUCCAGAACGAGGAAGCUAAACGCGCCGAGGCCCUCGCAAAGGCAGGUCAAGCCGAGAACGAGGAAGAAAAAGAGCGUCAUCUGUUGGCUGCACAGAAAGCCGAGCGGAAAGCGAAGACUACUACUCAGCUUCUGCAAGGCAAUGCCCCUAGCAAGGACAUCCGCGAAGUCACUCCACACGGACCGAAUAUGGAAGGAGGCACUAUGAGCUCCUUCCAGGCCUCUGACGACCUCGCUGGCGGAAAGCGCAAGGGCAACCGCGGCACCGGGCGUCUUAAGAAGAGCAAGGAGCAAAAGCAGGCUGAGAAGGACGCUGCCGCCGCCGGUCAGGCUGCUAUCGACCGCGGAGACGAUCUCCCCAUGAUCGCGCCGCGCGAGGAGGCACGCCUUGACUCCCUACGCGGCCGUAGCUACACAGAGGAUUUGGGACCCGUCGUCCUGACUUCCUACGACUCCUCCGUAUACCGAAACUUGUACCAGCAGAUUGUCAAGGAUCUCGCUCGCAAGGAUGUUCCCAAGGUUGUCCGCAUCAAGGAGAACUCGCUCUCGACAAAGCAGUCCAACCUUCGCAAGACUGCCCAACUGGCUGCCAAGGAGGCCCGUCGAUGGCAGAUGCGUACCAACAAGAACCAGAAAGACACGCAAGCCAGGGCCAAGCGUGGUAUGCGUGAGAUGCUUGCAUUCUGGAAGAGGAACGAACGCGAUGAGCGCGAGUCCCGGAAGAACGCUGAGCGUCAAGAGUUGGAGAACGCGAAGAAGGCUGAGGCUGAUCGGGAAGCAAACCGACAGAAGCGGAAGCUCAACUUCCUUAUUUCCCAAACCGAGCUCUACUCGCAUUUCAUCGGCAAGAAGGCUAGGACAGAUGAGAUUGAGCGUUCCACCGACGACGCCGACGCCGCUGCAGCUGACCCUCAGGCAGCAGCUAAGCCUAGUAUCGACGUUGGGGAGAUGUCGGCGGAAGGAGGCGCCAAGGUCACCAACUUCGAGGAUCUUGACUUCGACAACGAGGACGAAAGUGCGCUCAACGCGGCCGCCAUGGCGAACGCCCAGCAUGCUAUCCAGCAGGCUCAAGACCGUGCCCGUGCCUUCAACAAGUCUGGUGAUGACGAAGAGGACGGCGAGAUGAACUUCCAAAACCCCUCUGGUCUGCAGAACAAAGAAGACUGGAUUCCUCAACCUGGCCUUCUCAACUGUACGCUCAAGGAGUACCAACUGAAGGGUCUCAACUGGUUGGUCAACUUGUACGAGCAGGGUAUCAACGGUAUUCUUGCUGACGAGAUGGGUCUCGGUAAAACGGUCCAAUCGAUAUCGGUCAUGGCUUACCUGGCCGAGAGGUACAACAUCUGGGGACCUUUCCUCGUCAUUGCCCCCGCAUCGACACUGCACAACUGGCAGCAGGAAAUCACCAGGUUCGUCCCGGAUCUCAACGUCAUUCCAUACUGGGGUACGGCCAAGGACCGAAAGAUCCUCCGCAAGCUCUGGGAUAGGAAGCACGUCACGUACACCCGCGAUUCGCCCUUCCACGUUGUGGUCUCUUCGUACCAACUGGUCGUUCAGGAUGCCCAAUACUUCCAGAAGAUGCGUUGGCAGUACAUGAUUCUCGACGAAGCGCAAGCCAUCAAGUCGUCUCAGAGUUCUCGAUGGAAGAGUCUUCUCGGCUUCCACUCCCGUAACCGGCUGCUCCUCACGGGUACACCCAUUCAAAACAACAUGCAGGAACUUUGGGCUCUGCUCCAUUUCAUCAUGCCUAGCUUGUUCGACUCUCACGACGAGUUCAGCGAAUGGUUUUCCAAGGACAUUGAGAGUCACGCACAGAGUAACACGAAGCUCAACGAAGACCAACUGCGACGACUACAUAUGAUUUUGAAGCCGUUCAUGUUGCGUCGUGUGAAGAAGCAUGUCCAGAAGGAGCUUGGAGACAAGAUCGAGCUGGACGUCUAUUGCGACUUGACAUACCGACAACGGGCUUACUACGCCAACCUCCGAGCGAAGAUCAACAUUAUGGAUUUGGUCGAAAAGGCUGUUGGUGACGAGCAGGACAGUGCAACCCUUAUGAACUUGGUCAUGCAGUUCAGGAAGGUCUGCAACCACCCUGAUCUAUUCGAGCGAGCCGAUACAUGGUCACCAUUCUCUUUCGCCUCCUUCGCUGAGACCGCCUCAUUCCUACGGGAAGGUCAGAAUGUCAGGGUCGGAUACUCUACACGCAACUUGAUCGAGUAUCCUCUACCAAGACUCGUGGGUCGUGAGGGUGGUCGACUGGAGCUUGCUGGUCCGGACAAUCAGAAGGCUGGCUUCAAGGGACGCUAUCUCGACAACCUGAUGAAUGUGUGGAGCCCAGACAACAUUGCGCAGUCGGCCAGAGAGGCCGGAGCAUUUUCAUGGCUCCGCUUCUCUGAUCUGUCAGCCACCGAGGCUUCCCGAAUUGCCAAGAGCGGUCUGUUCCAGCGAGCUCUCGCUGCAGAGCAAAAGCCAAAUAAGGUUGGCCGGUUCAAUGUGUUCUACGACAACGACAACGGCGAGUGGGAGCCGAAGCACUCCAUGUUUAACAUUGUUGAUCGCCAGGACCGUGCACCUUUGGCCGAGAUCACUGCCGAUGGACACAUGCGCAACCUGUUCAAUGUUGCCCGAACAGCUUUCGAAAAGACAGGCUUGAACGUGAUCGAACCCUGUGCAAAGCCAAAAGCAUCUGCGCCUCCAGUCGAGCUGUACUGCGCUAGUCAGGGUGUCAUUGCAGAGACACAGAACCUCUUCUUCAAUGCUCCCAUCCGUUCCGCGCUCUAUGGUGUAUCAGAGGCUACUGAGCAAGCUCUUCUGGAAGCCAAGAAGGAGUCGACUGCUUUGACUGUUAGCAACAGGCUCCCGCCACCUACCAACGAGCGCACACGAUUUACUCACAUUGAGGCACCGUCAAUGUCGCGCUUCGUUACUGAUUCCGGCAAGCUGGCUCAGUUGGAUGCACUCCUGAAGGAACUGAAGGCAAAUGAUCAUCGCGUGUUGCUGUACUUCCAGAUGACCAGGAUGAUGGACCUGAUGGAAGAAUACCUCACUUACAGGAACUACAAGUACUGCCGUCUUGAUGGUUCGACCAAACUCGAAGAUCGUCGUGAUACAGUCGCCGACUUCCAGAGCGACCGGUCCAUCUUCGUCUUCCUCCUGUCAACUCGCGCCGGUGGUCUCGGUAUCAACCUUACAUCCGCGGACACAGUCAUCUUCUACGAUUCCGAUUGGAAUCCGACCAUCGACUCGCAAGCUAUGGACCGUGCCCAUCGUCUCGGACAAACACGACAGGUCACUGUGUACAGGCUUAUCACGCGCGGUACUAUCGAAGAACGUAUCCGCAAGCGUGCGCUUCAGAAGGAAGAAGUGCAGCGUGUCGUCAUUUCCGGAGGCGGCGGCGCUGGAGUCGACUUCAACACCCGCUCCAGGGAGAACAGGACCAAGGACAUGGCUAUGUGGCUUGUCGAUGAUGACCAGGCCGCGGAGAUCGAGAAGAAGGAGGCGGAGCUGGCGGAGCAAGAGAAGAAUGCUCCACCAGGCAAGAAGCGUGGCAAGAAGAAGCAACGGGCGGAGGCCAACCUCGACGACAUGUACCACGAGGGCGAAGGACACUUUGACGAGAGCGCAAAGGCAAGUGGUGCAGCCACACCUAUCCCACCUACUGAAGCCCCCGCCGGCGGCAAGCGCAAGAAGGGUGGGCUGAGCAAGAAGGCAAAGACAGCCAAGCAGCGUCUCGCUGUGGCCGAUGGCGAGGUAUAA